CCCGUCUCCUCCCAUCCGAACCGAAUCAAACCACCGCGAUCUCCCACAAAAUUUCCCCAACCCCUCUUCUUCUUCCCCCAAAUCCCCAAUCCCGAUCUCCCCGCACCCACCCAAACCUCCGGCGGGCGGCCAUGGGCAACCCGGAGAAGCUGAUGGCGCAGAUCUUCGACCUCAAGUUCACCUCCAAGUCGCUGCAGCGGCAGGCGCGCAAGUGCGAGAAGGAGGAGAAGGAGCAGAAGCUCAAGGUGAAGAAGGCCAUCGAGAAGGGCAACGUCGACGGCGCGCGCAUCUACGCCGAGAACGCCAUCCGCAAGCGCACCGAGCACAUGAACUACCUGCGCCUCGCAUCCCGCCUCGACGCCGUCGUCGCGCGCCUCGACACGCAGGCCAAGAUGCAGGCCAUCGGAAAGUCCAUGGGCAACAUCGUCAAGUCCCUCGACUCCUCCCUCGCCACCGGCAACCUCCAGAAGAUGUCCGAGACCAUGGACAGCUUCGAGCGCCAGUUCGUCAACAUGGAGGUCCAGGCAGAGUUCAUGGAGGGCGCCAUGGCCGGCUCCACCUCGCUAUCCACGCCCGAGACCGAGGUCAACAGCCUCAUGCAGCAGGUUGCCGAUGACUAUGGCCUCGAGGUCUCCGUCGGCCUCCCGCAGGCCGCAGCGCACGCCAUACCUGCCGCAAAGGAUAAGGAGAAGGUCGACGAGGACGACCUCACGCGCCGCCUCGCCGAGCUCAAGGCACGCGGCUAAUAAGAGAGUCUCACUACUACUUCAUUCGAUCAGGUGAUGAUUUGGAAAAACCAUAUAGACCUAGCGAGCUUGCCCAAUAAACGGAUGAUAACAUAUUUCUUUCUCUGUUCUCAUAAUGUUCUACUGCAUGAUAACUAUGUCGUGUAACUGUAAUGCCAUAACAAGCCUUUUGACUUAGCAUCUUAUUAGCUGACAACUUCAGCAAACAACAUGGUGCUUCCAUCUUAGUUUUACACCGCUAACAACAGUAAGAACAGAGGUUAGCUAGCAUUGCAUACUAUCUGUAACACGAA